ACACUAGCUGGCUAAUUUAGCGAGCUAACAGCUAAAGCUACGACAGCUGCGCAGUUUCGUUUCACAGAAAACACUGAAAACACCACACUGACUCUAACCAGCCAAGCUUGCAGGCUUUAACUGUGUUUGUGAGCUCAAGUGUACUGCAGAGAGUGGUAUGGGCUGACUCUGACAAACUUUGAUGUCUGACUUUUAACAACGACAUAAACACGGAGUCGCAAUGAAGAGAAGACUUGAAGCUCCAGCGUCACAUCAUGGGAUAAAGAGGCACCGUGAGGAUAGCAGCUCCGACGAGGAGUCACAGUUAUCCAGACAAGAUUCUAGCCAAAAUGAAUCCUUUAGUGACCAGGAUGACCACAGGGCAGGAUUCUCCAUGCCCUCCAUAUCAUCUUUUGAUGAUCAAGAAACGGGUGGCUCGCAGACCUCCUCCAAUUUCUCAAUGUACAACAGUGUGUCACAGAAACUCAUGGCCAAGAUGGGCUUCCGUGAGGGUGAAGGUCUCGGUAAGUUUGGCCAAGGACGCAAAGAGAUUGUGGAAGCCUCUACACAGCGAGGGAGAAGGGGUCUCGGUCUCACACUUCAAGGUUUUCAAGGGGAGCUUAAUAUCGACUGGCGCGAUGAACCAGAGGCCAGUGCUAUAGAGAAGGUGGAAUGGUUCCCAGAAUGCACCACAGAGACUCCAGAUGCAGAGGAGCUGAGGGACUGGAUGAUUCAGGGAAGGAGAAAACUCAAGAUCGAGGAUGAGACCGAGUUUUGCGCUGAAGACCUCCUGCACACUCUUCUGAGGUGCAAGACAGUGUUUGACACCUUGGAGAGUGAGGAGAUGAGGAGAGCGAGGACACGUUCAAACCCCUAUGAGACGAUCAGAGGAGGAAUCUUCCUCAACAGAGCAGCUAUGAAAAUGGCGAACCUCGACCACUGCUUCGACUACAUGUUCACAAACCCGAAGGAUUCACAGGGGAAACCUCUGACAAAAGACCGCGAGGGCGAGCUUCUGUACUUCGGUGACGUCUGUGCGGGGCCUGGAGGCUUUUCAGAGUAUGUCCUGUGGAAGAGACGCUGGCACGCUAAGGGCUUUGGCAUGACACUCAAAGGACCCUGUGACUUCAAACUGGAGGAUUUUUAUGCAGCACCAAGCGAGCUGUUCGAGCCUUAUUAUGGGGAGGGAGGUGUGGACGGAGACGGAGACAUCACUCGGCCAGAAAACAUUACCGCCUUCAGGAACUUUGUCCUGGAGAGUACAGAGAAAAGAGGGCUGCAUUUCCUUAUGGCAGAUGGGGGUUUCUCUGUGGAAGGACAGGAAAACAUUCAAGAGAUCCUGAGCAAACAGCUGCUGCUCUGUCAGUUCCUCACUGCCCUCUCUACACUCAGGACAGGUGGUCACUUUGUCUGUAAGACAUUUGAUCUCUUCACUCCCUUCAGUGUGGGGUUGGUGUACCUGCUCUACCUCUGCUUUGAGAGGGUCACCCUGUUCAAACCUGUCACAAGCAGGCCUGCCAACUCUGAAAGGUACAUCGUGUGCCGUGGCCUAAAGCCUGGCUCGGAUGCCGUCAGAGAGUACAUGUUCAGAGUCAACCUAAAACUGAACCAGCUGAAGAACACAGACAGCGACAUCACCGAUGUGGUUCCACUUAACAUUAUUAAAGACGACACAGACUUCUACCAGUUUAUGGUCAACUCCAAUGAGAGCCUCUGUGCGGUCCAGAUCAAGGCAUUGGCUAAGAUACACGCCUUUGUUGUAGACCCGACACUCUCUGAGCCGAAACAAGCAGAUAUAAGAAAAGAGUGUCUCAAACUUUGGGGGGUCCCAGACAAAGCCAGAGUCACUCCAGCCACCUCAGAUGCAAAGUCUAAAUUCUAUGAGCUGCUUAAGAAUCCAGAUGUGGAGUUGUUCCAGUGUAAACUCACUCCUCUCAACUCCAGCACGCUCGAGAAGUUACGUCAUAUUUUGGACCACAGGUGCAUUGUGGGAGGGGGAGAACAGAUUUUCCUCCUUGCACUUGGGAAGUCUCAGAUCUACACAUGGGAUGGGAAGAUGCCUUUGCGCUGGAAGAAACUGGAAAACUUUAAGCUGGAGCUGCCAAGAGAUACACUUCUAAGUGUGGAGAUCGUCCAAGAGCUGAAGGGCGAGGGCAAAGCUCAGCGGAGAAUCAACGCAGUUCAUGUGAUGGAUGUUUUGAUACUGAAUGGCACUGAUGUCAGAGAUAAACACUUCAACCAAAGGAUCCAGAUGGCUGAGAAGUUUGUGAAGGCUGUGGCCAAACCCAGCAGACCAGACAUGAACCCUAUCAGGGUGAAAGAGGUGUACAGACUGGAGGAAAUGGAGAAAAUCUUUGUCAGACUAGAGAUGAAGGUGACAAAGAGUUCAGGAGGAGUCCCACGCCUGUCCUACACUGGCAGAGACGACCGCCACUUCCUCCCCACAGGACUUUACAUCAUCAAAACUGUCAAUGAGCCAUGGACCAUGGCAUACAGUAAAAACUCCAAGAUGAAGUUCUUCUUCAAUAAGACCACCAAACAGUCAACAUAUGAAAUGCCACCAAACUCAGCUGCCCCCUUCCAUGUUUGCCACUCGGAGCGUCUCUUCUGGGCCUGGGUGGACGGGGUCAUAGUCCACGAUUCUCAAACAAGAAUGGAUCCUGAGAAACUAUCCAAAGAUGAUGUUUUGUCCUUUGUCCACCAGAACUACCAACCAUAAAGCACUCACAGAGCCUAAGGCUUCAGCAGAAACAACCUGAACUCAGAAUGCACUAACAUAUGGAGGAUUAAGAGCCUUAGAAGAAGGUUAACAAUGCCUAAUUGAUAUUUAUUUUGACGGGGAUUGAUAAAGACUGUAAAGCUCAAAAAAUACAUCUACUGGUACAUAAAUCAAACUGAAAUCAUACCUGAUUAAAUAUCAAUUAAUACAGUGCUUUGUGACGAUUUUCAAGCUGCUCUUUUCCCUCCAUAUUCUGCCCAUAAGAGAGGUUUUAAUCAGGUUGAACUUGGACCUCUGGUGCUGCUGUUUGUAGCAUGGACAUUUAUACUCUGUUUAAACAACAGACUUUCAACUUGCAACUGUCUUUCUGCCUUUUUCACUGCUUUUUUCUCUGUAAAUACAACUCACAGGACAUUGUGGAGACAAAAGCUGCUGCGCUCUCUGCUUUGGAUUGCAUGUCCCUUUAGAUUACAUUUUUAUGGCUCCUUCAAUCUAGGCCUUUGUGUUUGAAUGUCUUACGUGAAAAGACAAGAUGCUCCCGCGUUUUUUAUCGUGCUAAAGCAGCAUGUAAAACUAUGCAUCCAUAUCUGUAAACACACAGUCUCUCCUCUCUUCAUCGUCAUAGAGGAUCUGCUAAGAGAAGCUUUAUACAUACACACUGCCUGUGUCCAAACCUGUAUGUGAAGUCUAAAUACAACAAACAUGUUAACCAGCUGUAGAGCUCUUCCUCUCCAUAACUUCAACAUUCAAGACAGUUACACAUGUAGCAGAUUUCCAUUCAUAAAACAAGCCAUCACAACAUAUGUGUGUGUUAAAGAUUUGAAAUGUUUCCUGUUUGGUUUUUUAGGUUGUUUCUACUUCAACAACUCUGUGUUUGUGCCUCCUAUCACCUGAGCUGUGUGUUUCUUAAACACUGAAAAUCAGUUUGGUUUUUUGUUGUAAUGUUAAGUUUCAAUUCCUGUGGUGUAAAUAAUUAAGAUAAGGUCAAUAAAUGGGACAUGAUCUUCCAAAAAGGA